AUGGGUGGUGAGAUCCCGAGGCCAGGCUCAUGUGCCCGCCCCCGCUCUGGCCCCCAGCGCCCACCCUGUCGGCCCAGCCCAGCCACGAUCAAGGUGAUCUUCAUCUUCAACAACCACGGGAAGCCAUGGCUCUCCAAGUUCUACCAACCCUAUAGUGAAGAUACACAACAGCAAAUCAUCAGGGCGACUUUCCAUUUGGUAUCUAAGAGUGAUGAAAAUAUUUGUAAUUUCCUAGAAGGAGAAUUAUUAAUUGGAGGAUCUGACAACAAACUGAUUUAUAGACAUUAUCCAACCCUAUAUUUUGUAUUCUGUGUGGAUUCUUCAGAAAGUGAACUUGGCAUUUUAGAUCUAAUUCAAGUUCACAACAUUCUUGCAGAAAUGGUGAUGGGGGGAAUGAUAUUGGAGACCAACAUGAAUGAGAUUGUUACACAAAUUGACACACAAAAUAAACUGGAGAAAUCUGAGGCUGGCUUAGCAGGAGCUCCCGCCUAUGCUGUAUCAGCUGUAAAGAAUAUGAAUCUUCCUGAGAUCCCAAGAAAUAUUAACAUUGGUGACAUCAGUAUAAAAGUGCCAAACCUGCCCCCUUUUAAAUGA